UACGCCACUGAUCCUAAAUUUCUUCUCUACUAGAUGCAUCCAGCUUUCCAAUUUUUAUUUUGACGGAUUCUUUAGUAAAAAUGAGAGGAUGUUUAGAAAUAUGUUAUACUAAAGAACCGAUGGGAAAUAUUUUAUCGUAUUGGUGUCCGUAUUGUUUUAUAGUCAUAUCAGUGAUGAAAAUUUUCAAUAUGUACUGUAUUCUAAUUCUUGAAAACGAUGUGGUUUUGACAAAUAAAAUAGUUUAAUUUAUCUUCAUUUUUAAUUACUUUAGUUAUUUGUCUUUAUGUUCUAUUUUACCCUUUCAUUGUCUGUUAAAUAAUAAGAGUUGCAUUAUUUCUUUUGCAAUUCGGAUCCUCAAAAUGAAAGGAUUGGUAAGAAUUUUAAUAAAAAAUAACAAAGUCAGGUGCAAAAAUAAAACCCCUUCAUCGUCACUGAUAGGGUUGGGGUUUUCAUUAUUAAACUCAAGCCCACCUAAUUAAUCAGGAAAAAAAACCUGUUCAUUCUAAUUUGUCAUUAGGGAUGGCAAUGGGUCGGGUCGGGGGCGGAUAGUGCAUAUCCGUUACCCUACCCAAAGUAGUUCGGGUUUUACCCAUACCCAUACUCACAUGUGAAAUUGGUAGAAAAUCAAAACCAUGCCCAUACCCGUUCGGGUUUCGGGUAUCCACGGUUAUCCAUGGGUAAUCAUUUCUCUUCAUAACUUCAACCAAUAUGUUAACAUUCACACGAAUUCUCACAUUACGUAAGAGGAAAAGUACGACAAGAAUUCACUAGAAUGAAGAAAAUUAAUUAAAACAACACAAUUUCAUGAAAAUAUUAUACUUAUAUGCUAAAUAUAAAAUAAGUUAGAGAAAAAUAAUGAUUAUAUCUAGAGAAAAUACAUAUGCAUUUGUAUAAUCGGGCGGGUUCGGGUUGGAUAGUGAGAAAUCCAUGCCCACCCAUUACCCACAAUAUUCGGGUUCGGGUUUUACCCGUACCCACUAAAUGUCUUUCGGGUUCGGGUUUUAUCCUACCCGAUUAGGCCGGAUUCGGGUGGAUAUCCACGGUUACGGAUAUUUUUGCCAUCCCUAUUUGUCAUUUGCGAGGGCUAGGUAAAUUUUGAUCCGCCCAGUAUUGGGCCUAAUUUUUUGCAGCCCGCCGAGACUUGCCAAACCUACCACCAGGCGUGGUUGUAACAUGUCAAACUACAGCUGUCUCCAUUGGGGAGGGAAUUGGUCUCUCGGUGAUACAGAGAUAUUUGAGACCAUUUUGGUUAAACUUAUUUUGUAACUAAUUGCAGAAAUUGAUUUAUUGUAAACAAAUAAAUUAAUAAAGUAACCGUUGGUUUGUUGGAGCCACAAUCCCCACUUCCCCCAAAACUCUCGCGCGGUUGAGAUACCAAAAUCCCCCGCUCAAUUUAAAUUAGAAUUGGGUACUGUUCCUUUCAUUUAUAUUGGCAAUUGAAACCUCCUUCCUUUGUUCCAACACUGACCCUUCUUUUACCAAUCCUAAAACGUAAUUAUGUCUGUCAAUCUACUUCCUGUUCUACAUGUUGAAAACGACAGCUGGGUGUUGCGGCUGCGGCUGCUGAGGGUAUGGGGAAAGCUGUAUCAUACUGGUGAUUCACUUCAACAAGUGAAUCUGUUAUUCAUGAACAACCAGGUCGGUAAUUAUUCAUUCUGCCCUCUUUCUUAGUAACGGUUGUACUUAUAUUAAUCCAUUUUACUUGACUAUGCAGGCUCAGUUGGUUGAAGCCAUCAUUCGGCGACCACAUUUAAAUCGAUUUCUGUCAAAUCUUCAAGAGGGCCGUGUUUAUGGAGUAAUGUCAUUUUACAUUGAAGAGAACAGCUCUAUUCAUCGAGUCGCAGAAGCGGAUUUUCGUUUGUCAUUUCGUUCGGAUACCCUGUUGUAUGUCAUGGAGGACAGAGGUGAUAUUGACAAAUAUAGUUUCCGUUUCCUUGCUGUUAGGGACAUCCCUUAUGCAUUUCAGAAUCAAAUUUAUCUGCCGGGUAUGACAUUUAAAACAAUAGGUUCUUCAAAUAAAUGCAAUUUUGGUAACACCCUAAAUCUUAAUGCACGGUUCUUUGGAUUGGGUUUUGUAGAUUUGGUUGGAACAAUUUUUGGCUGUGAACCUGUUCAGGUUCUCUUCCCAGGUUUACCGCUUCGGAAGAAGCGGAUCACGCUCCUGCCGCCAGAGUCUGUGAAAUUGUUCUUUGUUUAUUUCAUUAUGAAAACAAUAGUUAUUUCUAUCUUACCAACUCAUGUUUAUUUUCUUUAGGGGAGAGAUAGCUUAUGUUUUUUUGUCGGACUCGGCAAUACCAAGUUUUCAAGAAGUAGUUUCUGAUGAUGGAGCAUUGGGGCAGAUUGCGGUCUUCACAUCACUAUUCAUCGAGCAAACCGAAGGUGGAUAAAUUUUCUGUCUUUAUCUUAUUAGAAAGAUACUAAUCUUUUUUGUGGUCAAGUGAGAACAAAUGCAUAUUUACAUUGUUUUCAUUAAUUGUGUAGCUAAUUCGUAUGCAGUUGAUUAUCAUGUCUUUGAAAAUUCGAACAUUAUUUUGUGAUGGAGUACAUGAUGCCCUUUGUUUCGUUUGACAAUGACUAAGUUCAGAAUACGGAGUCAUUUACAGAACAUAAUAUUCUUAUGCAAUUAGCACAAUUAAUUACUUUUUGUUUACUAAUUUGGGAUAGUAAAACGUUGUUUGAAGUUACAGUUUAAUAAGAUAAGCAGUAUCACUUCAAUUAUGGUCAUCAUGUUUUGUAAAUGAAUAACAUUUCGUAUUCACAUAAUGUUAUUUACUCAUGCGUUUGUGGUUUAUUGGUAAAUGGAUGUUAGGAGGUUAUACGUUUUCUUCCUCACGAGCUACUAAAAUGUAUCUCAACAUCCAUUGUCCUCACUUGCAUCCUUUGUUAAACCAGUAAGAUUCACAAACCUCUAUCUUUGCAACUUUAAUUUGUAACGUGGGUUGUAUCUAUUGAAUUUGAUAAUGGUGAAUUGUUUUUUAGGGAAUAUGGACCCCAAUUUGGAUCUAACUAUAUUGUUGGACCAUUGCUAUAUGAGGAAGCUAUGGCCAUGGCUGAGCACACCACAGUUCCACAGCUUAAUGUGAUAAAGUUCAGUUUUUAUAACACGGUACGUCCCAAAAACUCAAUUAAACACCAAAUUUUAGAAAACACCGACAUUACCCAAAUCAACAUUUGCUGCAUUUUCGUCAUCAAUAACACGUGUCUGUAUUAGGGGAAGAUAUACAUCAUGACGGGAAACCUAAAAGGAAUUGGAAUUUCAACUUCAAUGCACUCUAUGGGCAGUGUUGUGCAUUUCACCAUCAAUGAUGUAACUGAAGACCUGGAAGUUGUGUUUCCCUCUGUCAACCUUAGACGCAUUGUUCGUGAUGUGGUUGCGGAGACUGAUAUCGAUUGGGAUACUAACUUCAUCGCUAUUCUCAACAGCAUUCAUGCGACGUUUUACCAGUUUGUCAUUGAAGUUGGAUCGUGGAACCGCAUGGCCUGUCACUGUGAUUUGGUUUUGCUUAAGAUGUUACCUGCGGCAUUUUAAGGAUGGACUGCUUUUAAUGGAUUCUUGGAUUGUGUUUGUAAAUAUGAACCACAUUCAACCAUUUAAUAGGUUGUGGUGUGCUAGGCAUUUCUCUUCCUUUAGCUCUAUUUAUUAUUUCCACUAUACAUUUUUACGGAUAUUCGUGAUGAUCCAAUCCUGAUUUUGGAUCGUAUGAUGGGCUCUAAUAUCAUUUGUAGAAUUUUAAACAAUUGACUGAUAUCAUUAGAGAAAUCAAUUAGAAAAAUUCUGUUUAUUCUUAGAUCAAACGGGCCAAAAAAAAAAUCUAGGGGCUAUAUAUAUAUUGAAUAAACAAAAAAAAAAUGUCUGUGGUGUUUUCUAUUUUCCUUAUAAGUAUUCGUUUAAUAUUGAUAUUUAUAAAGGAGAACAAUAAUG